AUGACAUAUCAAACAUUUCGUGAAGCAUUGACAAAAUAUCUUAACAGUCAAAAAGCAGNUAAAGAAAACGCGCCUAAACGAUUCUUCACAUUCACUCCUACACUUUUCAUGACAUAUCAAACAUUUCGUGAAGCAUUGACAAAAUAUCUUAACAGUCAAAAAGCAGAAGAUCUCAAAGAAUGUUACUUAUACGGACAAAUACCACCGAUCGAAAAACUGGAUAAUUCAGUGUCAUCCUUAGUUAAUUGCGAGCGAUUAGCUUUGUCAUCGAACACGAUCGAACGAAUUGGUUAUAUGAAUGGUCUACGCCGUUUGAAAAUUCUUUCUCUCUCAAGAAACAACAUUAAGAAUCUCACUGGUCUAGAAGUUCUUGGUAGUACACUUGAACAGUUGUGGAUAUCUUAUAAUCAGAUCGAGAAGUUCAAAGGAAUAAACACAUUAAAACAGUUGCGUGUGUUCUAUUUUGCGUACAAUCAGAUUAAAGAUUGGGCUGAGAUCAGUAAACUAAACGAUCUGAAUCUAUUGGAAGAAGUGAACGCUUACGGUAAUCCGAUUCAUGAGCGCAUCGUAGGUGAGAAUUUUCCACCUGAACCAAGUCAACCGAUGACACCCUUGGAAAAGGAAUAUCGUCGUGAAUUUCGCAAUCGUGUGGUACACUUGAAGAAACUAGACGGACGAGUGUUUCUUGAGAGAGACGAUGAUGACGAUGAAAAUGAGAAUAAUUAA